GCGGCCCGGCCCGCGCGGCCACGGCCACCCCCGCGCACGGGCGCCGUCCUUGAGCUCGGCGAGGAAGGCGUCGCGCAGGCGAAUCAGGCGCGGGGCCAGGUCGCGCUGGCCGCGGGUGAGGGCGGCGGCGGUGACCCGGGCGGCGGCGCGGAUGGGCCGCGACUCCGAGAGCCGCUGCACCAGCUGCGGGCUGGACAGCAGCAGCAGCAGCGCCCGCAGCAGCGCCAUGGCCGCUGCUCUCGCGAGACCAGGCGCCCGAGCGCCCCCACACUCGGGGCACCCCGCGGUUCUCGCGAGAGGUGCGGCCACCCCGCCCCGCCGCGCUCGCGAGAGGCGCGCACCGCCUCGCCAUUGGCGGCGCGCGCGGCGGCCGCGGGUGCGUGCGCGGGAAGGCGCCGAGGGGCGGCCGCGCCGGGUGCUGUCCGUCUGUCCUGGGCUGGCUUGGGCCGGCCUCGGCCGGGCCGGGCCGGGCAGCGCCGCCAUGAGCUCCGGCGGGACGCUGAGCAUCCUGCGCAGCGACUCCUAUGCCGAACUCAGCCAGUACCGGGACCAGCAUUUCCGGGGGACGCGGUACGACCAGGAGCGGCUGCUGAGGAAGAGCUGCACACUGUACGUGGGGAACCUCUCUUUCUACACCACGGAGGAGCAGAUCCACGAGCUCUUCGGCAAAAGCGGCGACAUCAAGAAGGUCAUCAUGGGGCUGGACAAAGUGAAGAAAACCGCCUGCGGCUUCUGCUUCGUGGAGUAUUAUGCCAGAGGAGAUGCUGAAAAUGCGAUGCGAUACAUCAACGGGACCAGACUUGAUGACAGGAUCAUAAGGACAGACUGGGAUGCAGGAUUUAAGGAGGGUAGGCAGUAUGGCCGUGGAAGAUCAGGGGGGCAGGUCCGAGAUGAGUAUCGGCAAGACUACGAUGCUGGACGAGGUGGCUAUGGCAAAACUGUUCAGUGCCAGUGACUCCUCACUUCACAAGAGAACCAAAUCUGCAUUGGGAAUGUCCCCAGGCACAAAAUAGGUCUGUUGCACACAAUUCACAGAAGCUCCUAUGCACAUUCCUGUGAGCACAUCCUGUGUUCAAUACCUCUUCUGUUUUAAUACCAGCAUCCAAAGCAUUGCAGAGGACCUGAGAGCAAGGCUUUAAGCAUUAGAAUUCUGAGGCUUUGGUCUCGAAAUGCUGCUAUAACCUACUGAAAGGAGCAAAGAUGUAACGUUAUGGUGCUUUUUUUUUCUCUGGCAAAACUUGAUUAUUCAACAGGGUUUUGUUUACAUUGGUAUCACAGGGUGGAGAGCAGUAUUGAAAGAUGAUUGGUGGAUGUUUCACAGAUGAAAGCAAAAGGCAAAGAGCCUGUAAAGGAAGUGGAAUUUCUAGGGAAAUUUUUCAGUUUCUAGGGAAGACUUCUAAAUUGCAGAUUUUCUGGGGUUACUGGAUUAACAUCCUUUUUUGCUGGUGCUGUUCCUAGAACAUUUACCUGAAAAACCAUAAUAAAACAAACCAGGUUGAGUUCAGGAGUCAUGAAGUGAGAAGCAGCUGAGCAGAGAGAGGAAACAGACCUCUGCUGUCUUCUACAAAGUAUAAUUUUGAUUGCGUGACAGAGAAGACCAAAAACAAGAAGUACAGUACAAUUGUUGCACAGUUUGAGUAUUAGUAUUUUGCCAUAUCUGGUAGCUCUCUACAGCCUUAAUGUUUGAGGGCCAUAUCUUCCCUGUGCUUGUAAGGGUUGCAUGAAGCCAAGUUACCAGCAAAAUGGGAUGUUUGAGGAACUGGGUUUAUAAUGAAAAAGUUUCUUCCCAAAAUUGGUUUUCUGUUUGAGAAACUUGAUUGCAGACAACUUAAAAAUAGAAACAAAAGAGUUUUGGGAGGAGUCUUGCUUUCUACUGAGCAUGUGAUAAGAAUGGUAAAAGAAUUUCAGAUUGCAUAGCUUGUUGUGUUUUGGUUUUUCUCUUUCUCUGCUGGAUCCUAUUCAUACUGCUUGUUGAUGUGUUGGAAUUUUGAUGCACUGCAGACAUAGGUUUAAAAAUGUGAUCCCAAGAUCUAUGACAUUGACCUGCUGAAGCAAAAUAGUUUAAAAAGAACUGUUACAGGGCUUUGGAUUUUCUUCAUGGACUUCUGAGUUCCAUGUAAAUGGCAAUUCCUAAAGUUUUGUGCAAAUACCUUGUUGUCCAUGACUCCUUAUAAACUUUCGAAGGUGUACAAAAGUUGAUCUUAACUCACUGAAGGUAUUGUUGUAAAUUUUGAUGCGUUUCUUGCAUACAGUUAAUCACAACUGUUACUGUAAAUUGAAAGACAAGUGAGAUUGAACAACUCCUUACUUAGGACGUGUGGAUUUGAGGGUUUUUGGCAUGUAGAGUAGAACUAGACUUUCGGGAUCACUUGGUGCUGGUCUGCAGAUAAGCUUUGAACAAAGUUACCUUUUCCAAUACAAUUCAUUUGAUGAUGAGUUUACAGCCUGUAAUCAGCUCUAGAACACUGCUGAAGUUUAUUUUUCAUUGUAUCAAUUUUGUAUAAAAAUAUGUUACAAAAACUCUAAAGUCACUUUUAAAUAAAGCUGCAACAUUAAAAA